GAAACAGGAGCUGGAAGAGCAAGUGAGUGAGAGAGAGAGAGAGAGAGAGAAGGCUAUACCAGGCCAGUCAGCAAAGGCGGAGGAGGAAGAGAAUAUAAAAACAUUUCCUCCCCUUCCAGAAUUGCGAUCGUCCCCCGUUUUUGGCAGCGUGGAGGUGUGGCAGAGCUGCCUUAGGCCACAAAAGGUGAUGCCACCACGUGGGAUGCGUUGUGGUUCUGCCAGCCGGAUGAUGGCACAGUUUGUGGUGUGAGCCUGGGGGAGGGGGAGAGAAGGAUCAGCUGGAAAUCGAGGCGGGAGGGGGCUGAAGAAACAAAAAAAGGGGGAAAGCAACUGAAGCAAACAGCCCCCCCCCUGCAAGCACCUCCCCAAAGCAACGACUUCCACAGUCAAGAGCCCUUAAGGAUGGAUGAUCAUCAGCCAAGCUGGGAGGUGAUUUGGAGUUUGCCAUGUGCUGGCAUUUCCUCCUAAAUGUCCGCCUGGUCCAGACUGUGCCAUGGACUCCAUGUUUGAGGAUGACAUCAGUAUCCUUACCCAAGAUGCCCUGGUCCAGGAUGACGAGUGGCUGGACAGCCCCAACACUGACCUCUCUAGUGAGAUGUGCUCUGCCUCUCACUUUGCUCUCAUCACGGCCUACGAUGACAUCAAGAACCGCCUGACAGGACUGGAGCGGGAGAACGCCAGUCUCAAGCGGAAGCUGAAAAUGUAUGAAAUCAAGUUCCCAUUAAUCAGCGAGUUUGGAGAGGAGCGAAUCUUCCCAUCCUAUGACUCCAAGGAGACCUCCCUUCUGAAGACCGAGAAAGCCAAUCUCCAGCAACAGCUGAAUCAAUUCCAGCGUGAGCUGCAGAAAAACAAGGAGAGGGAAGAACAGCUGGGUGAGAUGAUCCAGGCCUAUGAAAAGCUGUGUGUAGAGAAGACUGACCUCGAGUCAGAGUUGGGGCAGAUGAGAGCACUGGUUGAGACUCAUUUGAAUCGGAUCCGAAGCCUGGAGCAACAGCUGAGGCAAAGAGACGGCAACUCAUUCCAGAACCUCAACUCUCAGCUGCAAAAUCAGGAAGUCCAGUACCUCUCGCUUCAUGGCAACCAUGUAUUGGAUCGCUCAAUGAACUGGCAGAGCCCCAGGAGUCUGGAACAAGCAGAAGGUCUAGAGGUGCAGAGGCUGGAGGUGGAGCUGGAAGAGACAAGGCAGGAAGUCCAGAACUCACAACACCGGGAAGAACAGCUGAAGGCCGAAUGUGAGAGGUUGCAGGCAGAGGUGAAACAGCUACAGGAGACUCGGGCUCAGGAUCUCGCAACUAGUCAGUCUGAGAGGGACAUGGCAUGGGUGAAGAAAGUUGGAGAUGACCAAGUGAAUCUGGCCCUUGCCUACACAGAGCUGACUGAGGAGUUGUGCCGGCUGAGGAACCUGAGUUCACUCCAGAGCCAGAUUCUCCGGACGCUUAUGCAAGAACAGGCCAUCAAUGGUGGUCAACGGCACUCUCCCCAUUCACAGCGGCAUUCUCCUGCCCAGCAACGCCGCUCUCCGGCUCCUCAGUGUUCUUCCCCCGCUCAGCAGGGGAGAUCUUCCAUGCCUCAAUGUCAAUCUCCAGCCCUGCAAAGACGAUCCCCAGCCCCGCCUUGUCAGUCCCCCGCGCAUCAGCGUCGUUCUCCGGCUCCACCUCCUUGCCAGUCUCCUGCCUCACAGCGCCGUUCUCCAGCGCCACCACCCAGCCAGCCUCCUGCCCAGCAGCGCUGCUCACCAGCCCCAAACUGCUCAUCCCCAGCCAUCACCUCACAGCACAGAUCUCCGGGUGGCGAGAGGAGCAUUAUCGAUUUAGGCUAUUCCAAACCCUCGAGCCACCACAUCAAAGCAAGCUUCCAAGGGCGCCGGAGCUAUUCGGAGGUGAGCGAUGCGGCUGUGUACCAGCAGAACCGCUCUCUCUGGCUGCAGCCGGAAGCUUCCACCUUACCAAAGCACCGUCCUUACAGCGAGGUUUAUGCCAGAGACGCCUUCGAAGAGCACUUGCACUUUGAGAAGCAGUCCUCGGACGAAGACGACUGGGCCCUCCCAAGUCCCCCCAGCCCCGAAGCAGGGGGCAUCCGCUGCGCCUCCUUCUGUGCAGGGUUCCCCAUCCCCGACACCUCCACGCACCGGACUGAUGCCUCGUAUUCCAGGGCUGAACAUGCCCAGUCCUGGCCCUCAAUCAACCUGCUGAUGGAAACAGUGGACUCCGACAUCCGAAGCUGCCCUCUCUGCCAGGUGGCCUUUCCCAUCGGUUACCCGGACGAUGCUUUGAUAAAACACAUUGAUUCCCAUCUGGAGAACAGUAAGAUCUGAGGCCUGCACCACUGUCCUUCCUCUUCUGGAUUCCUUAAUGAGACCUGUCCACCUCACCCACCCCACCCCACCCUUCUUGGAUGCUGCAUGAAAAGUGGUGGCGCAAAUAGGGGGCGCUCUCCAAAAUACCUCCAAGUCUCCAGUAGACUGAACUAUGAAGAGUUUUGCCUCUCCCUCGUCCUCUUCUCUUUGCCUUGGUUUAUAAAGUGGGUUCCUUCUCUUUCCUGCUCUCAGUGAGCAGGACCUGCAAUAUUUCUCCAAUGCUUGAACCAGCUGUGAAGGGGACAGAGUGGCGAGAAAUAUGCUUGGACCAGGCUUAGCAGGGCACAAGCCCCCUUCCCCCAUCUGAAUGCUCAGAACUGAGAUUGCCUUCUGGGGGGCUCUGUCUAUUGUGGUUCAGUUUUGGUGACUCUGGAAGAUCUCAGGGUAGGAUGAGUGAGAAAUCGCCUGUGGUUGUGCGUUUUGGGGGUGGGGUUGGGUGGACGGUGGACGGAUGAACUCCAACCUUCUGAGGGCACAGCCCGCCACUCAGGUGAACGAAAUCGAAAGGUUUCAUUUUGUGCCCAUCUCAAUGCAGGAAUAUCCAAGCGGGUCCAAUCUUCCCGCCUUUUUGGCUACUAAGAAGGGCAUUGGGGGGUUCUGCUCCUUGUUGGUCAUUUACGGACGUAGAAAGCCUUGGCCUCCAACCACUGGUUCAAGCGUCUUCGUCUUGGUCUUUUACAUUAAAAGCCCACUUCUUCUUUUAGCGAUGCUGCUGAGAAAUAGAGCCAACUUCCAGAGGUGUAGCAUGGACAUUCUUAUGUUAUUGCACUGGACAUUAUAACACUCAAAGCUUUCCCCCCCCCCCCAAAAGGAACACCUCCUCCUCCUCCUCCAUGCUGUUUUCUUGAGAAAUGUGCUGGAGGAACUGUAUGCCGCUGAUUUGGGUAGAGCUCCAGGAUGCAUCCCCAUGUAGCUGUCCGUGUUCUCUUUUGGCAACUGUUUUCUACCUUUCUCAUAAACAAUUCACCUUGCUUUAGAUAGUUCCUGUAUAACAAGAAUUGUAUUCUCCACAUUCUGCUUCAUUACUCUCCUGCAAUGACAGCAUGUUGACACUGUUUUGGACAACAGCAUAAAUGUAAACACCUUUCCCAUAUCUGACAUUCAUAUUCCCUCCCUCCCUCCCCGUCUCUCUCUCUCUCUCUCUCUCGUCUUUCCAAAAUAUCUUUUGCUGUACUGAUCUAAAACCACAAGUGUGUUCCGGUUGACCUCUUGCUUCCGGAUGUGUGGUGCCUCCAUAUUGUGAAAACUGUCUCCUGGCAAUGGUCUGUCCAGAUGUUGGGCUAUACUUUAAAAGAGCUGCACCGAACUUCUCCUCUUGAGGCAACUGUCUUCCUAUCACCAGGUUAUUUAUUAACAGAUGUAUGUAUUGAGAUUUCUAGCCUGCCUUAUCCCAAGGGCUCAGGGUGCCCAGUGGCAAAUAGAUGUGAGUCCUUGUGGCUAAUCACAAUCUAAUUUUCAUGGGAACUAGGAGGAGGAUAGAAUUAAAGCAUUAAAUAUAGAAUAGAAAGCUCUUUCAUUUGUAGUUCCUUUAUUCUCACUCCCUUAUCCCUAUAAAACCACAGCAGUCUGCCCCAACUCUGAAGACUUGAAAAUCACUAAAGUAACACUUUCUUCUUCCCCAUUGUCACUGUGAUCUUUCUUCUGUCAGAACUGCAUACUUAGACAUGUUCUCCCUUUCAUCCAAUUUUCCCUCGAUAUACCAGCACCGUACACAUAAUUUUCUGAAAUUUUAGAUCUGCUUCUACUGAGGAUUGGACUAGAUGUGACCCCAGCAACCCCAUGGUUUCAAAUGCAAACUACCACCAAACACUGUGAAGAAAGGAGGGCUGAUCAGGUGGGUUCAAAUGGAGAUGCAUCAGCUGGUAUGGUGGGUGCGUGAGCCCUUCCUCCACCUGCGGCUUGUCGCCUGCAACUUGUCGGCCCCCGGGAUGUUUUUCCCCUAGCUGGGCUAAUUUCUAGUCUUGAGGCCAUGAUGUAGUAGGAAUUCUGAGAUUCCAUUAUUGAACGUUGGUUUUAAGCUUCUCUGCUGCUUUGGCUUUUCCCUAUUUGUAUCAUUUUAAGGCUGUAUUUUUACAUUUUUCUUAAUUUCAAAUAACCACCUUGGAUGGAUGUUGCUCUAAAGUCAGGAUAGAGAUAUAUAAAUAAAUAAAAUAUUGGAACUCCUGAUGUUUUGCAGCCUUUCGGAGCACCAAUUUGGACUGGGACCAUGACAUAAGAGGAAGGGUCUAACCCACAUUGUGCCCUGAUCCAGAUUCCUCCCCAAAGCUAUUAGAUGCCGAGGAGAAAGCUUACAGGUACAAUGUAUAACCACAUAUUUUCUCCUCCGUGGCUAACGGCUGUUUGAGAGGGCACAAUUUAAGCCAAGGAAUCUGUGCAGGCCAAAGGCUUAACCCCACCCCACUGCGUGACCCCAGUCCAAAUUAAGGCCCCUCUUGGAUGCCUUUUGAAAAAUGAAAAGAUGGGUGUCCCUCCCGGCCAUGGAACUCCUAUGUCUUGGAUGUUGGAGAUCUAGGAGACUAGGAUAAAAUUGGUUGCAGAGGGGAAAGCAGUAGGUGGAAGGGGGGCCCACACUCUCACCUGCCCUCCCAUUUUCCAACUGAAAUUGUACCCUGCUUUACAGCUGUUUGAUGGCAGUCCUUCUUUGAAGGCACAGGGUGCUUUCCAGAUUAGACACUACAAUGGGGUCACAGCAUAUCUGCUAAGUCGGCUUUGGUACUUCCUGUGUUGUGACACCGCAGUCCCUAAUCUGUCAGCAAGGUGCUGUUCACAUUUUGGAUGCCUUGUUUCAGAUUUUCUUGCUGCAAUUUAGUGCUAUAACAUUGUAAUUGCGUCGCAAAAAGGUUGCUGUAUUUUCCCAUUUUCUGAUUCUGGGGAUCAUUGUGAAUACGAUCCUGCCAAGCCGAAGCAUUUUUCCACGAUUGUAGCAGGUAAUCUGGAAAGCACCCUGGUCUGCUACUGUCACAUCUUGUUCCAUCCUGAAGUGGAAGAAUAUAAUCCCUCUAACAACAACAGGAAGAAGAAGGCAGAAAACAGGGCAGAUUAGGGAGGGAACAGGUCUCAUUCCUUGCUCUUCAGGACAUGUAUGCACUUUAAAUAUAAUGUUUAUAAGAAUGCUGCCAUGUUCAAAUCAAUCCUUUAAGACCAAAGGCCAGUUUUAGAAUGAAGCACCCUGCCUAGAAUUUUACAUGUACCAUGAACCCCUCCCCUCGGUAUGAUUGGCACCUGAGGCCAGGAAGGAUGGAUAGUUGCUGCAGCCCUGGCCCGUUUAAGGAGUAGUGAAUCAGAUUGUCUAUCUUGAUUCUCAUUUGGAACUGGGGCCUCCCACUUGGGAGGCUGGGCUGCAUGUUGAGGCAGAGAGGUUCAUGCAUCCCACACCAGUCAGUGGCCACCUGAGGACAGUUAUGAGGCCCUUUUAAGCCAAACUGCUUCAAAAAGCUAGUCCUCAUGGGAUGUGGUGAAAGAAGGGAGAAGAAACCUUACUAGGAUUCAUGAGUAUCAACUCUUUCUCCCUUGCAGACCAAGUUCUUGGUCUGUACCACAGCCUAUCUCUUCCUGCCUGCCCUUAAUAGAAAGCUGACCUGUGAAAAUGUGCUCACUUUGCCCAUGAGAAACAUCUUGUUGCAAGCUGAAACCUUGGUCAGUCCCACAGGCAAUUUGUCCCCCGCUUUCCUCCUUCCUCCUCAGAAUCUGAGUUCAACAGCUAAACCUUGCUUCACAUCCAUUUGGCAAGUAGGCCUAAGGUCUGGGGCUAUUGUGUGUCUCCUACUCAUUGCAAUGGAGCUUGUGCAGGAGAACUUUCUGGAUUAUGCCCCAUGGGUCAAAUCUCCCUGACUCCUAUUCUGCUUCCUUUAAUGGCACCUCAAAUCCACCUCAGGCGGUCACCUCACUUUGCCUCAUUGUGAGGCUGCCUCUGCUUGAGUCAGCUCUAGCCCACCUUGUGUGCCAUUAUUAUCCCACAUCUUUUAUAACAAAGGGCUGUUACAUCCCCAUGGCUGCCCCACAACACCCACUCUGAAUACAUCCUAGUGAGUUGUCACUGCAUGGUGGAUUGUUUCUGUGUGGCAGCUCACCACAAAGGCCGUCUCUCAACACCGCUACAGUGGCCCACAUCACAAAAGCUGUGAUGGUGUGGAGAAUAAUCUCACAAUACACAGGGUGAGCUGCUGGACAUGAACAAGUCACCAUAUGGAGCAAUUUGAAGAGGCCUUUAUCUGGUGGUCAUAUUACGUGAACUAUCUCUAACAUAUACUGCAAAAAUUAGCCACGGAAAAAUUCCAUCCCCAUUUAAGUUGCGUUAGUUUGCUGAUUAUUUGGGAAUUUUCUGAGUUGGAAGAUAGCCACAUUAUAUGGAUUGAGGCUGAAAACCCAACUUGUCACCUUUCUUCUGUUUCUCUAUGUGAAAUCUACCUCAGAGCUAAUGAGAAGCAGUAAUCAUAAACAAGCAACCAAAAGGGGGGCUGGUGAAUGAUGGGAAGGAGCAUUUAAAAAUAUUAAAUUUUUUUUAAAACCUAUAAUCUACUGCAUCCUAAGGGCUCAAAUAUUACCCAGAUCCCCCUCCCCUCCGAAGCUUCGCAGUCUUAAAAAAAAAAAAAGGCUAGGAGCAGUGAGCAAUAAUGAGGAGAAGAGCAAGAAUAACCAAUAGCUCAUGAGGUGAAGAGGAAAUGAAGAUGUUAAUCUAAUUCCCUACUAAAAUCCUUCAUACUAUUUGAGCUAGUAUAAUACACAGGCUAAGAGAUUAAGCUGUGACCCAGAAUGCUUCUGGAUAAAAAUUUGCCCCUGACCUUAACCUUUUGGAGAAGGAGUCAUGGCUUAUUGGUAAAGUACCUGCUUUGCAUGCAGAAGGUCUCAGGUUCGAUCUCUGAUAUCUCCAGGUAGGGCUGGGGGAAAUCCUGCCUGAAACCUUGGAGACCUGCUGCCAGUCAGUGUAGACAAUAAACACCUAGAUAGAUCAGUGGUUUGUCUCAGUAUAAGGCAGCUUCAUAUAUCAUCAAGUGGCCUUAGAUAAGGUCAAAAAUGUAAACACAUUUUUCCCUGGGUCCCCUCAGAAAUAUGUAGGAAAUGGUUUUAGAAGAUUAUAGACCUGAAAGUGAGAAAGAUAAUAUUCUAGUUUCUUUAAGUAUAAUUAAAAACCCUGAUUCCUUCUUUAACACACACAUCUUCUAUACAAAUUAUGGAACCUCCUGUGGCUUGUGUCCUACAGACCAUUAUAUAUCCAUAGUUGUUGAGGGCAUUCACACAAUCACUCCAGAGUAAUUACUCCAGGGUACAAAAAAAAUCCCCACACUCCUAUAUUGUUGAGUUUUUUUAAAAGUCAGCUUUGCAGUCUGUUCUUCGUAGUAUAGAUUAUAAAUUUGAACUAGCUCAGACUAGGUUGUCCAUGACUAUUAAACAUGAUAGCUAAAUGGAACUCCUGUAUUCAGAAGCAGUAUAUCUCUGAAUGUCAGUUGCUGAGGAAGAAACAGCAGGGGAAGGUUGUUGUCUUUAUGCCCUGCUUGCAGGUUUUUCAGAAGCAUCUGGUUAGCUGCAAUCAAAAAUCAGAAUGUUGAACUAAAUCGACCUUUGGAUCCAAUCCCACAGGGUUCUGUUUAUGCCCUUAAACUUAUUGGAUUGGUCUAUGGCAGGGAUUCUCAAUGUUGGGUCUCUGGAUGUUAUUGGACUUCAACUCCCAUCAUCCCCAACCACAGGCCACUGGGGCUGGGGAUUAUGGGAGUUGAAGUCCAGUAACAUCUGGAGACCCAACGUUGAGAAUCUCUGGUCUAUGGACAUAUGUUCAGGAUAAUAUAAUGUUUGUACAUCCUACCAUGCUUUACCCCUUCCUUGUUUUCACAGUCAGUGUGGUUAAAGAAAGGAUAAGUUACUCUACACUCUUAAAAUGCAUGUUUGUGGAAGUGUUCUCCCAGUCCUCUUGUUUGUUUAUGCUUUUUAUUCCAUAUUAACACACAUUUUCAUAAUAUAGACUAAAAUCUUCACUCCACUCUGCCAAUGCCUUUUGAAAGAAUAAAAAAGCCCAUCAUUUGCCACUCUUUAUAAUGCUGCUUAUGAAACAAAGAAAGGUGGAUAAGUACAUUGAAGGGUAAUUAAGUGCUCUUGCGAACAACUUCCCUAAUUACUAUAUAGGUUUUUAUUACAAUCCACCCAUUAUUUUGAUUAGCAAUUUCUCUUUAAAAAAACACCUUGAGUAGCAUCCAGAUUAAGAGUUGUGUGAGAAUUGUAGAAGGAAGGGAGGACAAACUAAAAUCAUCUUCCCCUGCCUUGCAUGAGCACAACUCUUAGGGCUGGUUUGGACAAUAUCAUCUCUGCCCAUGCAAUUAGGAAGGGGCCAUGCCAAGAGUUUGCCAAUUGGGAUGUCCUCUGCAAAUGUUCUGAUGCUCUCUGGGCACAUCUCUUUAUACAAAUGUUCCCUUUACAUGCACACCAGAUACUUGUUUAAAGAAAUAUUGGGGCUCAUGUAAAGGGGCCAUUCAGAUGAACAGACCCCCCCACAUAUGAAAAAGGGAUGUGCUGGGAGGUUGUCAGGACAUCUGUGGAGGACGUCCCAAUGGGUGCACUCAUGGCACAUCACCUUCCUAAACUCAUGGGCAGGAAUGGUACCAGUGAAAACCAGCAACUUUCCUCAGUUUAACCAGUUGGAAAACUGAUAUCUCUUCUUUAGCCCCUUUCUUUUUAGUCAGCUUGUCCCAAAUACAAAGAAUCAAGGAAGGCCUUCUUGGCUACCUAAGAAACCCCUUGGGAGAGAGACUGCUCUGUUUGUAUUGUCUUGAUCUCUCUUUUUUUUUUUUUUUUUGGUGUGUGUUUCUCUUUGGAGAGAUUCUGUGCUCUGUGAAACAGAACUAAUUCCAAUAAAAGUUGCCGACUGAUA